AUGGCGGAACUGCUGCGGAGCCUGAGUGAUUCCCAAUUGGUGGCGCGCUUCCAGCGCCGCUGCGGGCUCUACCCGGCGCCCCCGGAGGCCCCCCAGGAGCCCACGGAGGGCUCUGGGCACCGGGCGCCGCAGCCGGCCUCCCGGAAUCCUCUGGCGGUCAACGGCAAGGGCGGCCGGAGCGGUGCCUUCCCGCAGUCUUAUACCCAGAAGUACAUACAGCAGUAUAUUGUGAAGAAUUAUUUCUACUACUAUCUAUUCAAGUUUUCAGCUGCUUUGGGUGAAGAAAUUUUUUACAUCACUUUCCUUCCCUUCACUCACUGGAAUAUUGACCCUCAUGUGUCCAGAAGGUUGAUAAUCAUAUGGGUUGUGAUUAUGUAUAUAGGUCAAGUCUCAAAAGAUAUUCUGAAGUGGCCCCGGCCCUCCUCCCCUCCGGUCGUGAAACUAGAAAAGAGGUUAGCUGAUGAAUUUGGGAUGCCAUCUACUCACGCCAUGGCAGCAACAGCUAUCUCUUUCACAUUCUUCAUCUCUACGAUGAACAGAUACAAGUACCCCUUUGCAUUGGGACUAAUGCUCGCCAUCUUAUUUUCUACCAUGGUAUCCCUUAGCCGGCUUUACACUGGCAUGCACACAGUACUGGAUGUGAUUGGUGGCGUUCUGAUUAGUGGAUUGUUCCUCACUGUCACUUAUCCAGCAUGGGACCUCAUCGAUCAUCUGGAGUCUGCCAGUCUGCUCUUUCCUAUAUGUAUUCUUGUGGUGCCUUUCUUCUUAUGUUACAACUACCCAGUAUCAGAUAACUAUACUCCUACCCGAGCAGACACCACCACGAUUCUAGCGGCUGGAGCUGGAGGAACCAUUGGAUUCUGGGUCAGUCCUUUUUUCAAAUUAGUAUCUGAGCCCACAGAGUCUGCCAUACAAAGCAUCCCACCGCUCACAACCAAAAUGUUAGGCUUGGGACUAAUCAAGUUUAUGGUUGGAAUUGUGGUGGUUUUCUUGGUUCGUCAAUUGAUGCAAAAUCUUUCACUCCAAGUGCUUUACUCUUGGUUCAAGGUGGUCACCAGGAAUAAGGAAGCCAGACGAAGACUGGAAAUUGAAGUACCAUACAAAUUUGUAACAUAUUCUUCAGUUGGCAUCUGUGCUACCGUAUUUGUGCCAAUGCUCCACCAGUUUUUGGGAUUACUUUGAGCAAUGUAUACUUGAAAGAGAGCCCACAGAGACAACAUAGUCCUAAAAAGGCCAUGCAAUGGAGAAGACCCAUUAUAGUCACCAUCCUUGCCACCAUCACCAUCAUUGCCACCACCGCAACCACCCACCAGAGCCAGCCUGCCAGCAUCUUUCCUCUAUGU